AUGUCGCCUUCCAUUGGAGACAUGGAGCCUGCCGAGGCCGAGUCCGCAUACUUCAACGAAUACCCCCCUCCCAAGGCGCUACCGAAACACGAAGCUCUGGCACGAGCUUUCGUCGAGCGCCAUGUAGAAGCGAACCGGCGCGUUGUGCUCGUUACCUCCGGUGGGACCACGGUGCCUCUCGAAGCGCAGACCGUUCGAUUUAUUGACAACUUCUCCGCUGGCACUCGAGGUGCAACCUCUGCCGAAUACUUCCUCGAGCAGGGAUACGCCGUCAUCUUCCUGCACCGACAAUACAGUCUGCUCCCAUACUCAAGGCACUACAGCCACUCCACGAAUUGCUUCCUCGAUUUUAUGGACGAAGCCCCUCCCGCUUCGGAUUCGGAAAACCCUGACCACGGCCGGAUCGUCGUACGCAGCGAAUACCAGGACCAGAUGCGCGACGUGUUGCGCAAAUACCGCUAUGCGAAACAAAAUAACCUCCUCCUCUUGCUGCCUUUCACCACCGUCUCGGAAUACAUGUUUGAGUUGCGAUCAUUGGCCAAGCUGAUGCGACCGCUCGGCUCCAAUGCCCUGUUUUACCUGGCCGCGGCAGUGAGUGACUUUUUCAUCCCGCGCAGUCGCAUGGCCGAGCAUAAGAUCCAAUCCUCCGAGAUCCCCGCCAACUUCUCCAAUGACGAGGCAAUUGGGUCAAACGAUAUAUAUACCGGCGAAAAUGCGCCCGAACCGCCCAAGGCAGGCAAGAAGCUGGUCAUCAACCUUGAUCCGGUCCCGAAAUUCCUCCAUCGACUGGUGGAUGGCUGGGCCCCCGAAGGCAGUAUGGUCGUGUCGUUCAAGUUGGAGACCGAUCCGUCAUUGUUGGUCUACAAGGCCAAGACCGCGCUUCAGCGAUAUUCCCAUCAUCUGGUGAUUGGUAAUCUGCUCUCCACGCGGAAGUGGGAGGUCGUCUUCAUCACCCCGGACCCCCCACACGAGCGAUGGAUCCGUGUCCCCAAGGCUCGGCGCAGUAAGAGUAUAUCGGGCGUGGAGGACCAGGUUGGCCUUGCCGAGAUUAAAAAGGGUCGAGACGGGUCUGGGCCCGGAUCCGAAAACCCGUCUUCGGAGACUUCGGGCGAUGGAAUCGAGAUUGAAAGCAUCAUCAUUCCUGAGUUGGUGAAGCUGCAUGGGAAUAUGAUUCACAAACACACGGAAGCAUCACGUGGCUGA